AUGAGUGCGGAGGAGCACUCGCAAGCCUUUCUAAAUGAGACAAAACAACCACUGGUUGUUGGCAUUGCAGUGCUUUUUAUCACACUGGACACUGUGUGUGUUGCUCUGAGAUUUCUGUCGAAAUACAUUGGGCGUCUGCGCAUGGGAUUGGAUGAUGUUUUGAUUGUCUUGGGUCUAAUAAUAUGCGCGGGGGAAGUGACCUGCACACUCCUCGAUGUACGAUAUGGCGGAGUUGGGCUCCAUGAGGCACGAGUCAAGCAGAUCGAUCCAGACAUGAUGAUAACCUGGGGGAAAUUCCUGAUCAUCAUUCCCAUCUUUUAUUUCUCCACAGUCGUGCCACCGAAAUUGGUGCUGCUUCACCUCUAUUUGAGCAUCUUUACAGACAAUACCCUUCGAAAGGUCUGCUGGGCAACGGUCGCCGUGGUUAUUGCGAACUGGAUUGCGGUGUUUAUCACCGGCUUCCUGGCCUGCAUACCAAUCAGUUACUUCUGGACUGGAGUGGGGCAUUGCAUCGAUACGAAUAGCUACUUGCGCUGGGGUGGAUUUGCCAAUAUCCUCACCGACGUGGUCAUGCUCAUUCUACCAAUGCCGGUUGUCUGGAGUUUACAUACCUCGACACGCCUGAAGAUCGGUAUUCUGACGACAUUUCUACUGGGUAGCAUGGGUCUGAUCGCUGCAAUCGUUCGAUUUAUUGAAUUCUACAUCACCGAUUCUGGGGGCGAUGUCACCUGGAAUGCCAGCAACCUGGAGAUCUGGGCGACUAUCGAAGGAGGCAUUUAUAUGAUCGCCGCCUGUCUGCCGACCUAUCGCCCUUUGCUGCGAUAUAUUUCCCGCCGUGCCCGUGGAGAAAGCCAGGAGGCCAGCACCGGCAAAUAUUAUGCGGGCGGUUCUGCUGCGUUUGGCGGAACAGCCAAGAGUGACAACCGGGUUCAGGGUCCCCUGAAACGAGUAUCCUUGAAGUACUCUCAAAUGAAUGACUCGAUGGACGAAGAGGAGGAUGCAGUGAGACUGGUGAAUAUGAGGCAUCAGCGAUCUGAGCGAUCCGAUAUUGCGCCGGGGACAAUUGUUGUUGACCAGGAGUUUACUGUGCACUGA